AUGGAGUCUUUCUUCUGGGCUCUUCUGUACUGCGGAUCACUGCUGCUGUCUGAAGUUCGGGCCACGUACCACCUGAGCCCCGGAGACCCGGUUCUGAUGGGGGCCCAGAGCCACGCACAGAGGAGACACAACGGUCGACCCCCGAUCAGGACCCUCGACCCAGCAAGUAGGUUUGACAAAUUGAAAAGUCUCGUUUUUGAGAAACGUUUGAAUAUUUUUAGUGUUACUGCUGUUAGGACUUUUGUACGGUGGCCGAGAACAGACACUGCUGCAAAUAAAAAAUAUAAUAAUAAUAAAGGAAACCGAAGCCCACUGCAAAUAAAAAAAGAAACGGUGCAGGUUAAAAAAAAAUUAAAAAGCCACAACGGAAGUUAACGCAAAAAAAAGUGGUUAUGAAAAAAAAAAAGUUACUGCAAAAAUAAAAGGAUGCAAGAAAAACAAAAACAGAAGUGAGCAGUUGGGGACCAAUAAUGAUGACACACCGGGUGUUUUACGAUCUACACACAGAAGACGAACAAAGAAGUUCGUGUAAAGGUUAUUGAUCAAUUUAACUUCGUAAACUUUUUAAUGUGUCGUGGUUUGACCGUGUAGGGCCUGAGUCCAUAUGAAGAUGAACUGGAGGAUGUCGGUGUAGAGUUAACUUCAGUUUAACUUCUGUUGUGUUUUUUUUCUUAUCCUUUUAUUUUCGCAGUAACUUUUUUUUUAACAUCAGCACCUUUUUUUGCGUCGUUAACUUCGGUUGUGGCUUUUUCUUCUUCUUCUUCUUCUUCUUCUUCUUCUUCUUCUCCUUUUUCUCUUUUUUGCAUUCUUUUUAUUUGCAGCAGUGUCGGUUCUCCGCCUCCGUACUUUUUAGUCCACCAUCAUUAUUUUAAUGAGAAAUUCUGAACUUUUUACUCCACCACAUUUACACGACUACGACGGAGAAUCAGGGCCACAUUAAGAAAAAAAAAAUGAAGACUCUGAGAUUAAAGUCAUUAACUUACGAGACUAAAGUCGUAAUUAAGUCCUUCUGUUCGAACCUGCUGUUGAAGACGACAGUUGGAGCGUUUCAGGAAAACUGACUUCAAUAAAAGUUUCUCAAACAAGGAGAAACUUUAACUUUGGCUCAUCAGAACCACGUGAUCAUAAGUAUAAUAGUUGUUUAUUCUCUUAAGUAAUUACUUUAUUUUGACUUUAUUCUCGUUAGUAAUGACUUAUUCUUGUAAAUUAAUGAUUUUAAUCUCGUAGUCUUAAUUUUUUUAAAGUCUUAACUUUUUUUUUUUAAUGUGGCUCUAAUACUCCACCGUACACGCCAGCCCACAUCCACAGAUGAUUUUUAAUAUUAGAGUUAAGAGACGCGGACGAAAACUGAAAAUGACAUAAAGCUGAUUAAAGAAACACACAAAGGUUUGUCGUCUCUGCUAAAAUAACAGACUAAUUACAGACGAUAACAGACUAAAUUACAGACGAUAACAAAGAGUAGAAAUACUGACGACCAUGACCGUGUCCAUCAUCAUCAUCAUUCAGUGUUUACUCUAACAGAGUUUUUAUGUCUGUUAUCAGUCGGGAUGAUGAUGAUGAUGAAGUGGUGUCAAAAGUGCAGCUCCUUCCUCUCAGCUGAAGGACGUCUGAGACAGACCAGGUCAGGUUCUGCAGAACUCCUGCUCCGGUGUUAAUGUUGGCGUGGAUGUUUGACGAGCUCUCCUCAGAAUAAUCCAACUGUCAAACAGACCAGGAGGCUGAACUGACACUAGAACUAAUAAUGUGUCUGUGUCUGUGUCUGUAUCUGUGUCUGUAUCUGUGUUUGUGUCUGUAUCUGUAUCUGUGUUUGUGUCUGUAUCUGUAUCUGUGUUUGUGUCUGUAUCUGUAUCUGUGUUUGUGUCUGUGUCUGUAUCUGUGUCUGUCUGUGUCUGUCUGUGUCUGUGUGGAGAAAACCAAAGUUGUUUUUGUCUCAUAACUGAAAAAAACUUUGUUGUUUUCAUCUUACUAAUGUUCUCCAUCACUUCUCCUCCUCCCUCUCCUCUCUCUCCUCCUCCUCCACCUCCUCCUCCUCCUCCUCCUCCCUCUCCUCUCUCUCCUCCUCCUCCUCCUUCUCCUCCCUCUCCUCCCUCUCCUCCUCCUCCUCCUCCUCCCCCUCCUACUCCUCCUCCUCCCUCUCCUCCUCUCUCUCCUCCUCUUCCCUCUCCUCCUCCUCCCUCUCCUCCUCCCUCUCCUCCUCCCUCUCCUCCUCCUCUCUCCUCCUCCCUCCUCCUCCUCCUCCCUCCUCCCUCUCCUCCUCCUCCUCCCUCUCCUCCUCCUCCCCCUCCUCCUCCCUCUCCCUCUCCUCCCUUUCCUCCUCCUCCUCCUCCCUCUCCUCCUCCUCCUCCUCCUCCUUCUCCUCCCCCUCCUCCUCCUCCUCCUCCUCCUCCCCCUCCUACUCCUCCUCCUCCCUCUCCUCCUCUCUCUCCUCCUCUUCCCUCUCCUCCUCCUCCCUCUCCUCCUCCUCUCUCUCCUCCCCCUCCUCCUCCUCCUCCCUCUCCCUCUCCUCCUCCUCCUCCCUCUCCUCCUCCUCCUCCUCCUCCUCCUCCUCUCUCCUCCCCCUCCUCCUCCUCCUCCUCCCUCCUCCCUCUCCUCCUCCUCUCUCUCCUCCCCCUCCUCCUCCUCCUCCUCCCUCUCCCUCUCCUCCUCCUCCUUCUCCUCCUCCUCCUCUCUCUCCUCCUCUCCUCCUCCUCCCUCCUCUCCUCCUCCUCCUCCUCCUCCUCCCUCUCCCUCUCCUCCCUUUCCUCCUCCUCCUCCUCCCACUCCCCCUCCUCCUCCUCCUCCCCCUCCUACUCCUCCUCCUCCCUCUCCUCCUCUCUCUCCUCCUCUUCCCUCUUCUCCUCCUCCCUCUCCUUCUCCCUCCCCCCCUCCCUCUCCUCCUCCCCCUCCUUCUCCUCCUCUCUCCCUCUCCUCCUCCUCCUCUCCUCCCUCUCCUCCUCCCUCUCCUCUCUCCCUCUCCUCCUCCUCCUCUCCUCCCUCCUCCUCCUCCCUCUCCUCCUCCCCCUCCUCCUCCUCUCCUCCUCCCUCUCCUCCUCCCUCUCCUCCUCCCUCUCCUCCUCCUCCUCCUCCCUCUCCUCCUCCCUCUCCUCUCUCCCUCUCCUCCUCCUCCUCUCCUCCCUCUCCUCCUCCCUCUCCUCCUCCUCCCUCCUCCUCCCUCUCCUCCUCCUCCUCCUCUCUCCUCCUCCCUCUCCUCCUCCUCCUCCCUCUCCUCCCUCUCCUCCUCCUCCCUCUCCUCCUCCCUCUCCUCCUCCUCCUCCUCCUCCUCUCCGUCGUCGUCUCCGUAGUUCACAGAAGUGACUACACGUAUAGAGGAGGGUAUCACUACCACUACCAGCCACCCCGGAUCCCUCCGCCGCUCCUCCACCCACCUCCUCUUCCUCUCUCUCCACCAGUGCCUUUUUACCACAGACCCUUGUCCCCUGUCGGGCCCCUGCUCCACCCCCACAGAUUUAAAGGGUCCGCGUUUCCACACAUGUACAAAGGCUUCCCUCCCCCUCACAGCUUUAAAGGAAACUUCCCUCACAAAAUCAAAGGUCUCUGCCCAGAAAAGUCAAACCCAACAGUACCGACCCCACCGGUGCUGCAGCCCCCCACAGUCCCUCCAGCUCCACCAGAGCCCCCAGUGCUGCCAACUCUGCCAGAGUCGACCACCUUCAGGCCCGCGGCGGUGACCCCUGUGGAGACCACCUCCGCUGCAGUGACUCUACCGGUCAGUACCCAAAGCGGCUUCAUCAGCAUCACCGUCAGUCCUGUGGAGACAGGUAGAAAUAACCCAGUUAGGUUUGACUCCCCACCCCCAAACCCCCCACAGUGCUCCUCUGUCAGACCUGCAGAGAGUCCAAGAGGGUCCAGAGUUCUCACAGAGAGACCAGGACCAGUAUUUCUCAUGUGUUUUAUGAUAGAUUCAGAUUUUUGCUGUUAAAGUCUGUUUGUCUGAAACUCAACAACCAUCAGGAGAAGAAGAACAGUUCGUUUUCAUUUUUUAUACUUUAUUUCAGUUCAUAUUUAAAACCUUCAAAACAAACGAGUAAAAACCUCAAACAUGUGAAUAAAAAGAGCAGAAAGAAGAAAAACUCUUUAGAUUCAUCGACUAAACACAGAAUAAUCAAACAAAGCAGAGCUGCAGGACCACAUGUUUUUUAUUAUUUCUUAUUCUCAGAAACAGACAGUAAAGACCUUAAUUCACAUUUUUACACAAACAAACAGACACAGACUCAGAUGAACAUGUUUCCCUGUUUUUACUCGACAUACUGACUCUUUUUAAAGAUCAAAUCUGAUUUAGUUUCUUUAGUUUCUUUAGUUUCUUUAGUUUCUUUAGUUUCUUUAGUUUCUUCCACAAACUUCUUCCUCUCUCUGUAACUCAGCGCUCAUUCACUUUUAAAUAUUUUUAAUCCUUUUAAAUGAUAAUAAACUUUCUCUUAAGUUUAUAUUUAAUCUGCAGCAGUUCAGCCCCACCAGCUGUGUCAGUGUACAGAGGAGGACACACACACACACACACACACACACACACACACACACACACACACACUCUGUGGUUGUUGUUGGGAACACUUCACAGUCCGUCUCUGCAGACGUGUUGACACUGUCAGGUUACAAAACCUGAGAAAGUAAAUACUCAGAGACGACCUUUGACCUCAUAAACCCACAGCUUGUUUGUCGUGUUUAAAAGAAGACGGACAGAAAGGAGGAGGAGGAGGAGGAGGAGGAGGAGGAGGAGGAGCAGAGUUUUUGUGGGUCUUUAGUCCCUGAGUCUGAGACUGUAAAAUAAGAACAGGUUCAGUCUGAGUCCGACUGUCUGUGUCUUUAAAAACAUCUGAACUAUCGCUGAGAUGUUCAGGAACUAAAACAGAGACUCUGAAUCAGCGCUUCUCAACUGGUCUCACUCUGGGACCCACAUUUAGAGAAUUCAUUUAUUUUUUAUUUAAAACAAACUUUAAAGACUCUAAUCUUUAACAUAAAUCCACUUGUUUUAUGGAGUAAAGUGAAUUUUAGAGCAGAUGAAGGAGACAACACGAGGACGAGAACUUUACUGACACUUACUGAUACAGAAAAUAUCAAAUUAAAUAUUGACUAUUUUGAUCAGCUGUUCGUGACCCUUCCAGAACAUGUUCGUGACCCACUUUUGGGUCAGGACCCACCAGUUGAGAACCGCUGCUCUAAAUGUUUAUUUUGAGCUCAAAAUCAGCCCCAUAUCCUGUUUCAAAAUAAAAGUAGAGUCAUGCUUUUGUUUUGAAAGGACAGUCGAGUCCACCUGUCCCUGAUCGGUUGGGGUCUAACUCUGUCCCUGUCCUGUUUGGACCUCAGGUGUCCUUUUCACCGAGACUUGAAGAGAAAAGGAAAACUGGUCUGAGUAACCCGGGUCCGAGUCUCUGAGGGACCGGGUCUCUGAUGGACCAGGUCUCAGAGGGACCAAGUCUCUGAUGGACCUGGUCUCAGAGGGUCUGUUGAAAUCAGACAGUUCGAGGAGGACUGUGUGAUUCCAUCAGAGCCCCGGUCUGUGGUCUCACCUCUGCAGGGAUGCACGGACGCUGACAAUCGCUGACGGUCACUGAUGGUCAAUGAUGGUCACUGACAGUCAUUGACAAUCAUUGGCGGUCUUUGAAGGGCGUUGACAGUUGUCGUUGAUGGUCAUUGACGGUCAUUGGCGGUCGUUCUCCUCUGUGCAUCCCUCCUGAGUCCUGGUUGUGGUUCUGGAUUGUGGACUGUGAGGUUCUCGCUGACGGUCUCACACCGGAGCUCAGAACCAGGACUUCCUGUGUUUCAGUGUCUCUCAUGGACUUAACCUCCUGGUUUGGUUGAUCACCAGAGACGGACUCUCAGUGCAGGAGCCGGCCCCUGGACCUGGUCUUCAUCAUCGACAGUUCUCGCAGCGUUCGCCCCGUCGAGUUUGAGAAGGUGAAGAUCUUCCUCGCCGACAUGGUGGACACGCUGGACGUGGGCGGGGACGCCACCAGGGUCGCUGUGGUGAACUACGCCAGCACCGUGAAGAUCGAGUUCCUGCUCAAAGACCACGCCAACAAAGUUGACAUGAAGAAGGCCAUCUCCCGUAUCGACCCCUUAGCGGCCGGCACCAUGACGGGCCUCGCCAUCAAAACGGCGAUGAACGAAGCCUUCACGGAGCAGUCCGGCGCCCGGCCUCGCUCCAGGAACAUCUCUAAAGUCGCCAUCAUUGUGACCGACGGGAGACCCCAGGACCAGGUGGAGGAGGUGUCCGCCGCCGCUCGAGCUUCAGGCAUCGAGAUCUACGCCGUCGGCGUGGACCGAGCAGACAUGCGCUCCCUGCAGCUGAUGGCGAGCAUCCCGCUGGAGGACCAUGUCUUCUAUGUGGAGACGUACGGCGUCAUCGAGAAACUGACCUCCAAGUUCAGGGAGACGCUGUGCGGUAGGACAAAGAGACCCACACGAACCUUUCCUCGCCAUUAACCCGGUUCUGGUUCCUGAGUGAGGGGCACCUUCAGUCUCAGGGGGUCAGCUGGAGGUCAUGGAUCAGUUCAUUCUCAAACAAAAACCAGAUGUUCAUGACCCCCACAUGGACUGCAGAUGUCCGCUCCAGAACCCGCUUCUAUAGUCGCCAAAAUAAACCCGGUAAAGUUUUGGGGGCGGAGCCACCCUGAACUUUGACCUCCUCAGACCUCUCAGGGUCGUUUUCACCCACAGCAUCAGUGAGCGAUGAAAGGGUUAACGUCUUUAUGAGUGAACGGGGAAACCUCCGAUCUUCAAACCAACAUGAGCGCCACGACCAGACGGGUCAGAGAGUGAGUCAGGAGCGGGGGUGAGGGUCAAAGGUCGAACUCUAGAUGACGGUCCUGGUGUCAAAGGUCACGGUGACGAACUAAGAAAACAAACAAAAGACUCAUCAGAGAGUCAGAGAUCAGCUGGACCCUCAGGUCUGCUGUGAGCGAGCGACGAAAUAUAGAGAUUUAUAAAGAUUAGAGCUGCACGAUACAUCGUUUGAUCGUCGUCAUGGUGAUGUACGUGUGCGUGAUAGUCACAUGUCAGAGUCUGCGAUGUUGGAGGAGAAUGAACUCGUCUGAUUUUUAGGGUAGCUGACUGACGUACACUGACAUGUGACUCUGCAUGUGCAGCGAUCCACCAAUCACCUUCAGUCUUUACUCAGUUACCAAUCAGACUAUCCUGUCAGCUGUCAAUCAAAAUCAGAGCAGAGGAAACCACGCCCCUGAGCAUGGAGGGAGCCGCUGGUGCUGACGGUGUUGUUCAGAGAAACAACACCGUCAGCGCCAAAGAUUAUAAAACGAGAAACGAACAGAGAAAACCACCGAAGAAGAAGAAGAAGACGUGUUUCAGUUCUAAGAAGGAUGACGUCGACUAAAACACGUGUUCUGUGUUCAUCUGUUUCCACGGUAACGUCCAGAACAAUAAAAACUAAAACUAUCUCAGAGACAGACAGAAGAUCAGAGCAGGUUAACUGUCCUCAAGACUUCAGCACAAACUCAGAUUCAGGUCAGAGUUAGAAAAACGUCCUCGACGGGGAAAUGUCCGACC